AUGGAAUUCGUGCUAACUGUGUUGCUACUUUCUAUUGUGUUGUGCAUCAGCGCAGUUGCCGUCUUUCGGCGUCGUGCUUGGGCUUGGGCUGUCCACGACGGUCAACAGCUGAUCAUCGAGAUCCGCGACCCUACCAUCGCCCGCCGAGCGCUCAUGGACCACGCUGAUGCCUUCUGCAACCGACCACUGAACCUAUUCCCCGUGGCCCUGGUCAGCGGGCGUCGCCGCAGUCACAGCGACAACCUCACGUCCGUGCCCUACGACCCGCGUUGGCGCGCUCUCCGGUGCACCCUCAACGCCGCGGUCCUCCACCCAUCACGUCUUGGACACACGGACCCGCUGCGCCUCGAGGCCUUUGUGCUGGCCUUUGAUGGCAGCAUAGAUUUCGCCGGCUCCAAGACAGCGAAGCUGCUGCACUGGAGGCAGUGGCGCCGGUUCCUCUCCUUCCGAGGCAAGCAGGCUGAGCUUUUCCUCCCUCUGGUCAACACAAGACGGAACGCUAACCGUCAUCUCACGCUCAGCGGUGGCCUGCCGGCAUAUCUAGACCACCUCCUCGACGCCCGCGUCCCCGUCGACGACGACACAGCCGACGGCAAGGCCCUGCGCCCUCUCAUAGACGACGAGCUGGUGAGCCUUCUCUCGGAGUUCCUCGGUGCUGGGCCAGGGACCGUGGUAUCCAGCAUGGAGUGGACCCUCGCCCACCUCGUGCUCCAACCGGAGGUCCAGAACAACAUCCGACGCGAGGUCGACGCCGUGGAGGGCGCAUUGUCCGAGGCACGCGUCCGGCAGAUGAAGUACAUGCACGCCGUCGUUCUAGAGAGCCUUCGGCUCCACCCGCCGAUUCUGGUGUUCCUGCGCGACGUGGCUGAUCAGGCGGUCGCCGAAAUCCUGGGAUGCGCCGCCGCCGCCGUGCCGACGGAGGGGAUGCGGGCGCACUUCAACCUGGGAGAGAUCGGCAGGGACAAGAAUCCUUUGGGCCCCGGCACCAGGCCCACGCCCUCCCCCUCGCCCCGGCACCAGGCCCACACCCACGCCCACGCAUGCGUGGGCCUGGUGACGAGGAUUUAG